CUCCAGCCGCCUCCUGGCCUCCCUCUCCCUCUCCCUCUCCCCCUUCCCCAAAUGCCUCCUACCUGGCCACCGUCGCUGGUUGCCCCUCCCUUCCCCUCCCUCCCUCUCCCUCUCCACGCUUGCGUGGGGCUACGGUGCGGCCAGAUCUGGCGCGGUUGGCACCCUACACACCAUGCUGAAGGGGCGCACGAUGGCGCCGCGAAGCCCCGAGCCUGGCGUGGAGGCGGCGUGCGGGUGUCGCCCGGAGCAGCCAUCCGCGGUGGCCGGACCUCGAGAUGGAUGGCCAAGGCAAUCGUGGAUCCAGGGACGGGUUGAGCUCCGGCCCCAGCGCGUUCAAUCAGGGGCUGCUGUAGCGGAGCUUUGCCCUUGUGCGUCGCCUCUGCCGCGGCUCAGCGACUCUUCUCUGUGGACGGUUGCGGCUGCUGGACGCCUCCCCGACGGGGCCCAGCGAGCCGUCCCGAAGGAGCCAGGGAGGGCGGAGAUGAGGAGUGAGCCAGCGUCUGGCAAGGGAGGCGUGGCGGCGCGUAGGAGAUCUGUGGCGGGUGGCUGGUUCGCAGGCGCGUCUUGCGAGGGCGCCCUCGGCAGUCUCUUGGCGUACUGCCACACUGGAGUGGAUAAGGAGCUGAGGAGCGGCAGGCAAGCAGCCAACAACCAGCAGCGAUUCGGGGAAGGGAAGCAGCAAGGGCAUAACACUUGUAGUUUUGUAUCGGCAAGCAGGUAAUUGUUUUGGCGUGGUGCAGAAGCCCAACAAACAGCUCAUGCUCUACUUUUAGGUGAGCAGUAGUUCAACAAUUUGAUUGCAAUGUCUUUGAAAUGCCUCUAUCAAUUUGAGUAGUCUGAUUGCUCAUUUGUUCAAUUCUGCUCAUUGUUCAAUUCAGUGCCACAUGUUUCCUAGUGCCACACUUAGCUUUUAACACAAAGAAAAGAGUACACUGCUACUGAUUUGCGGUCAAUUUAAUUGUGAUGCUCAUCCUGUCACACAUGCUUCUUGAUAGAACAGAGCUCUGAUUAUUUAUAGAUGUAGCAGUACUCUAGUGUGUAGCAGGCCUCAUUUGGUGCUAGAACAUUUGGUUUGCAUGUCCUAAUGGAUUACUUUUUUAUCACUAGUGCCAAUUGCCGAGCAUAGUACUUUAAUUAAUUAUGCAACAUACCCUUUUGUUUUGCAAAAACUAAUUUCUUGUAUCCGAGUCACUUUGCUUGGCUUCUCUAUUUUUCCUUUUCAGAAAGAUUAAGUUCUUUGCAUGCUUGCAAUUUUCAGGGAGAGAAGUACAAAGAUCAAGAACAAGUGCAUCGAAUUUGUUUGAGUGCCUCUACAGGAAAAAGAGAAAUGAUGCACAUUAUGUACAUAUUGCCAUUGCAUAUUAGCUUUCAAAUACAGCUUAUAGCAAUUCUAGAUGAAAUUUUUAAUGUGAUUUAAUGUUGUAUGUGAUUAAAUGCUCGAUCAAAAUUUAUUUAUGUGAUGAGAUGUUAAUUU